CAACCCAUUAGUAUAGUAAAGUAACCCAUUAAAGCCUUCCUCUCAUCACUUCAACUUGCAAUUCUUAAUGGCUUUUAUUCCUCAAUCUUAUUCUCAUUUCUCAACCUUUGCCGGCGAUGAUCUCUACGCUCACGAGUCUCUGGCUCAAGCCGUUGAAGCCGGAAGAAAUGUGGGAGGUCCGCCAUUGUGGAGUGCUGAAGAAUUAUUGCCUCGCCAUGGGAUGUUGUCGUCACAGCAACAUCAGAAAGUCAUCUCAUCUGUUCCGACAUUCCAGACAUACGCGACCGACUUCCAUGAAGAAAGGAUCACGCCUGCAUUUCCCGAAGCUGUGAUCAACUACGGAUCAUCAUCCUACGGGGUUGUCGACAAACCACAAAGCUUUGGCAACUUAUUGUCGCGAGACGAUCAGUCCUAUGUCUGCGAAUUAUUGGGAAAUGGAGCCUGCCCAUUCAUGUCUGGUGAUUUUGAGCCAACUCACCGUGCCGCUGGAGACCAUUGCAAAUGGAAUAUAAAGGUUCAAGAAGAGCCAUUACCUGAAGAGUGCAACCUCAAAGUUGGGAGAUACUCGGUGGAAGAAAGGAAACGUAGGAUUCUCAGAUAUCUGAAGAAGAGAAACGAGAGGAAUUUCAACAAAACAAUUAAGUAUGCGUGCCGCAAAUCUCUAGCAGACAGAAGGGUUAGAAUACGCGGGAGGUUUGCGAGGAACAGUAAUUCUUGUGCGGAAGGAAUGGCAGCAGCGAAGAAGAACGAAUAUCCCCAGCUCGAAAAAGACUUGUUCUUCGGCGAUGAUGUUCAGAUGAAGCGAGACGAGGAGGAUGAGUGGGUGCAGGAGGCAUUGGCAGAUCUACUCUAUUUGCCGUACACGUCGGCGGCAGUGGGCGAUAGAUAUCUCGGAGCAUACGAGACCAUGCUCUGAGCCUCAAAGCUAGAGACAUUGCCUCCAUCUCCACAAGGCCUGCCCAGAUCCAUGUGAACUUAGCAUUUCCUUCUAUGGAAUCACCACAUGAGUUCAUUAGAUGGUUCAGCCACCGAA